CCGGAAGUACUCGUCGCUUGAGCGGCGUGCUGGUUAGGAAGGGGAGGUCAGAGGUCGCCGGGGCAGAAGGCGUUCCUGCCGCUGGCCUAGUCGCUAUGUAGGGGAGGGGUAGGCACCCUCCUCCAGGUUCUGGAAGGUUCUUGGGCUCGACUAGGGCGGUAGCCCCAGGACUUCUAGUCCCCGGCUUCGGGUUUCUGCUGGCGGAGCGGAGCUGCCGCCGCCAUGUUUGGCUGCUUGGUGGCGGGGAGGCUGGUGCAGACAGCUGCACAACAAGUGGCAGAGGAUAAAUUUGUUUUUGACUUGCCUGAUUAUGAAAAUAUCAACCAUGUUGUGGUUUUUAUGCUGGGAACAAUCCCAUUUCCUGAGGGAAUGGGAGGAUCUGUCUACUUUUCCUAUCCUGAUUCAAAUGGAAUUCCAGUAUGGCAACUCUUAGGAUUUGUCACGAAUGGGAAACCAAGUGCCAUCUUCAAAAUUUCAGGUCUUAAAUCUGGAGAAGGAAGCCAACACCCUUUUGGAGCCAUGAAUAUUGUCCGAACCCCAUCUGUUGCUCAGAUUGGAAUUUCAGUGGAAUUAUUGGACAGUCUGGCUCAGCAGACUCCUGUAGGUAAUGCUGCUGUAUCCUCAGUUGACUCAUUCACUCAGUUCACACAAAAGAUGUUGGACAACUUCUACAAUUUUGCUUCAUCAUUUGCUGUCUCUCAGGCCCAGAUGACACCAAGUCCAUCUGAAAUGUUCAUUCCAGCAAAUGUGGUUCUGAAAUGGUAUGAAAACUUUCAAAGACGGCUAGCACAGAACCCUCUUUUUUGGAAAACAUAAUUUGAAUAAAAUAAUUUUUAAUGGAUUCUGAAAUUUGUUGUGUUUUGAAGAUAAUGACUCCAUUUAAAAGCAUGAAGUUGAAAGGAUCAUGAAGCCUAGGUUUAAAAACUGCUUAGUGACUAUGAAGCUUAAUUAAAAUCUUUAUAAAAAAUUAAAAACAUUGAAAAAUGGAAGUAUGUUCAUCAUUAAUGACUUUUUUCUCUUAAGCUUAAACUAUUCAGAGGCAAAACAUUUUGUUUUGGCUAUGAUUCAUUUUUUACUUAAAAAUAAAGCAUAUUCACAAUAGCA